UCCACCGGGGCGAUCGUGGCCAUUUCUUUUAACUGUGUUAUCGCGUUGCUCAUCCUCAUCCUCUUCCUCAUCCUCUGCAAAGCCUGCAGGACCCCCUCCUGCCCCAAGAACAAUCCAGCUCCUGAAGUGGAUGAGGCAAAGAAUGAAGAGAAGUACCUGCUGCAGCGCUGA